GUAUCCACGUAUCAAAUGGAAAUCCUUAUGAAAUUCAAUCGUCGUAAUCGUUACACAUUCGCCGAGCUGGGCAGUGAAACCAACAUUCCCGAACGGGAACUUAAACGAAGCCUGAUGGCUUUGGCCCUGGGUCGUUCCAAUCAACGCAUUUUGUGUAAGGAACCGAAAACUCGGGAGAUCGAACAGAAUGAUGUUUUCUUCGUGAACGAUGCGUUCGUAUCAAAACACAUCAAAGUUCGAGUAAGUUCCUUUGGUAUCGUUAUUCUAUUAUAUUAA